CGACCCGGCCCGGUAGGAGCGUUUGGCAAACUGAAGCCGGCGUUGUCCUUCCUUGCAGAUAAUUUUGAGCAAAUUCCCCUCCUCCCUCCUUCCUCUUCAACAAAAUGACGACUCUGUUAUCUACAGCAGCUCUUCCUUCAAUAACAAAGCUCAGCCUGAAGCUUCUCAAUCUCAACAAUGGCGGCAACCUCCAUCCAAAACCUUCUCACCUUUCAGCAGGAUUCAGUUUAGAUAAAAGCAACAAAUUUUCAUUGAUUAGUUGUGCUGUAAAGAAGCAAGAGAGCACUGAAACGACCCAGAAAGUAAAUGGGAAGAUUACACGAAGGAUAGGUGGUGGAAUUGGGAACCCAUUUUUGAGUGAGGGAAGGGAUGAGGAUGAGAGGAAUGGACCGUUUUGCCCUGGGUGUGGGGUGUUUAUGCAAGAUAAGGACCCAAAUGUUCCUGGGUUUUAUCAGAAAAGAAAGAUUAAUGUGUCAGAAUUGUCAGAUGGUGAGGAGGGUGUUGAGGGUGAAUUUGAAGACUUCGAUGUUGAAGAGGAGAAGGUGGAGGAGGAGUUUGUGGAUGAAAUUGAGGGAAAGUUUGUAGAAAGUGGUGAAGAAGAUAGUGAAUUGGAAAUGGGGGAUGAGUUUGAGUGGGAUUCCGAUGAAUUCGAAGCCAAGUUGUUGGGGGAGGAAGAAAAUGAUUUGGAUUUGGAUGGUUUUACUCCAGCGGGGGUUGGGUACGGUAACAUCAAAGCGGAAACUAUAGAGAAGAUGAAGAAGAAGGUGCCAAAAUCGGAAAAGAAGAGAAUGGCUAGAGAGGCUCAGAAAGAGAAAGAAGAGGUUACGGUGUGUGCCCGAUGUCAUUCAUUAAGAAAUUAUGGGCAGGUGAAGAACCAAGCAGCUGAAAACUUAAUGCCUGAUUUUGAUUUUGAUAGGUUGAUCGCAACCCGGCUGAUUAAACCUGCUGCGAGUGCCAAUCCUGUUGUGGUUAUGGUUGUUGAUUGUGUUGAUUUUGAUGGAUCAUUCCCUAAACGGGCAGCAAAGUCAUUGUUUGCAGCAUUAAAAGGAACUGAAAAUGAUCCUAAACUUAGGAAAAGACUGCCAAAGCUUGUUCUUGUGGCCACAAAGGUUGAUCUCCUCCCAUCACAAGUUUCGCCUGCUAGAUUGGAUAGAUGGGUCCGCCAUCGUGCUAAGGCUGGAGGAGGACCUAAACUAAGUGGGGUGUAUAUGGUUAGUUCUCAUAAGGAUUUGAAUGUCAGGAAUCUGUUAUCCUUCCUCAAAGAAUUGGCUGGCCCUCGAGGGAAUGUAUGGGUUAUUGGGGCUCAAAAUGCUGGCAAGUCCACUCUCAUAAAUGCACUAGCAAGGAAAGAAGGGGCAAAAGUCACAAAGCUCACGGAAGCUCCAGUUCCUGGGACAACAUUAGGGAUCCUGAGAGUUGGAGGGAUCUUGUCAGCUAUGGCAAAGUUGUUUGACACUCCAGGACUUCUGCAUCCAUAUUUGGUGUCCAUGAGAUUGAAUAGAGAUGAACAGAAAAUGGUUGAAAUACGGAAGGAGCUUCGUCCUCGGACUUAUAGGAUAAAGGCAGGACAAACCAUACAUGUUGGUGGUUUACUGAGACUAGAUCUUGUUCAAGCUUCUGUUGAAACAAUUUAUUUGACAGUUUGGGCUUCACCAAAUGUUUCUUUACAUAUGGGGAAGACAGAAAAUGCUGAUGAGACAUGGAGGAAACAUGUUGGUAUUAGGUUGCAGCCUCCAAUUGGCGCAGACCGUGCCGCUGAGAUGGGAAAAUGGGAAGAGAAGGAAAUCAAAGUGUCUGGAGCAAGUUGGGAUGUGAAUAGCAUCGAUAUUGCAGUAGCUGGUUUAGGUUGGUUGUCGUUAGGUCUUAAAGGGGAAGCAACCUUGACGCUGUGGACAUAUGAUGGCAUUGAAAUUACUUUGAGAGAGCCGUUAGUUCUUGAUCGGGCACCAUCUCUUGAGAGACCCGGGUUUUGGCUACCGAAAGCAAUAUCUGAGGCAAUUGGUAACCAGAGUAAACUUGAAGCUCAGAGGAAAAAGCUUCAAAUGGAGAGUGCAGAUUCCCUUUCCGAGGUAUCCAUUUGAAUAGAAGAGAAGAGAAGCUUGAUUGUUCUGCCUUAUUUUCGACUGGCAACAUGAUUCACCUCGUAGCUCUGCAAGUCAGCUUGGCGUUUAAGAGGGUUUUUCGACAGCUCUUUGAGUUUAGUGUUGCGUUAGGUGUUUAUCUUUAUAGGUGUAAUACAAAAUUUGUAAUGUGACGUAAAUGCAAUGUGUAUAUUGAAUCAUUUUUAGGCCGCGAGUUCAAACUAUAGAGCUUUAUCCAGCCAA